AUGCAUUCAUCUCUAUUGUUUGUCAUCAUUGGUUUUAUUGCUUCUACAUAUGGACUUUAUAGUUCGGCUGAUGAUGUUAUUGAACUCAAUCCAUCUAAUUUCGAUCAUCUUGUUAUGCAAAGUUCUGAUAUAUGGUUUGUAGAAUUUUAUGCACCUUGGUGCGGUCAUUGUCGAAAUCUGGCACCCGAAUGGAAACGUGCCGCAACAGCAUUGAAAGGCAUUGUUAAAAUAGGUGCUGUCGAUGCUGAUUCACACAAAUCUCUUGGUCAACAAUAUGGAGUAUCAGGCUUUCCAACAAUAAAAGUAUUCGGAAAUAAUAAACGCUCACCAACAGAUUAUCAAGGUGGACGAACAGCUGAUGCUAUCAUUGAGCAAGCUCUCAAUCAAUUAAGAGCAAUUGUCAAUGAACGUUUGGGUAAACGUGGUGGUGGUGGUGGAAGUGGCGACAGCGGAAAUGGAGGAAAAGAUACAAUCGAAUUGACAGAUAGCAAUUUCGAUUCAACGGUUAUCGAUUCGGAAGAUAUGUGGCUUGUUGAAUUUAUGGCUCCAUGGUGUGGUCAUUGCAAGAAUUUAGCACCAGAAUGGGCUCGUGCUGCUACAGAACUUAAAGGUAAAGUUAAGUUAGGUGUUGUAGAUGCAACUGUCCAUACACAAUUGGCACAACGAUAUGGAGUACAAGGUUUUCCAACAAUAAAAUUCUUUCCGUCUGGUAAAAAGGAUGGCCAAGCUGAUGAAUACGAUGGUGGACGAUCAUCAAAUGAUAUUGUUGCUUGGGCAUUGGAUAAAUCUCAAGCAAAUGUUCCAGCACCAGAUGUUCUUGAAAUAACAAGUCAAACUGUCUUAGAUGAUAGUUGUGCCGAAAAACAAUUGUGUAUAAUAUCAUUUCUACCAAAUAUUCUUGAUUGUCAAUCAGAAUGUCGUAAUGAACAUUUAACAAUGUUAAAAAAUUUUGCUGAAAGUUACAAACGCAAUCGUUGGGGUUGGCUUUGGGUUGAAGCAUUUCGUCAACCAAAACUUGAAGAAACUGUUGGUAUUGGAGGUUUUGGUUAUCCAGCACAAGUUGCUAUAAAUGCACGCAAAGGAAAAUAUGUUGUAUUGAAAGGUGCAUUUAGUCAAACAGGUAUCAGUGGAUUCUUAAAAGAAUUAUCAGCUGGUCGUUUGACAAGCCCACUUGUACCAUUGGCCGGCGUUGCUGAAGGAAAACUACCAACUAUUAUUGAUAGUGAACCAUGGGAUGGUCAAGAUGGAAAAUUAGAUUUUGUUGAAGAUAUUGAUCUCAGUGAUGUCAAUUUGGAUGAUGAAGAGAAUGAUGAUAAAACAAAAAAAGUUGAAUUAUAA